AAAAGGAGACUUUCCCUUCACCCACCCCAGCAGCAGAGUGUGUGGGACAGGCAGCUCUGGCCCCAGCUGUUGUCGCACUGAUAGUGUCUCUCUGUAAUGCCGCAUUAACAACAAACUGGGAAUUGCAUCUUCUAGCUGUGCAGUUUUGUUGCCUUUCUGAAACCAACAUAGGCAGAGAAAUCCCCAGGGAAGAAAAAAUCCCUGACAGAUCUUUCCAAAUGCCUGGUGGUCUCUGCUCGCUGACGGAGAGCGUUAACAUCUUGGUGCAGGCACAGCCACCAGCUGCCAAAGGAGCAUGGGGCAAGUGAUUUGAGUUCCUCGGCCAAGCCUAGUAGCUAUCUUGCCGAGGAAGCCGAGCUUGGGUGAAGAAGUGCCCUUUGCAGCAUUGGGCUGUGCACACAGCAGAUGGGAAUUUGUCCUGUCCCCCCCCUACAUGGGACACAGCCAUCUGGGGAUGGUCUGGAUACUGGGUAUGACAGUCCCAUACCCUUCUGCAUUGCCUUGUGCAGGGUGCUCAGCACCCAGUGGGCUCCAAGGCACAGCAAGCCCAGAGCAUCUGGAAGCAAAGGUGUGUUUGGACUGGUCCCGAGAGUGCAUUUAGGGCACCUUGACAGCACUCUCUUCCCUCAUCCUUCCUAGGAAAGUAAGCAGAACUGGCACUCGGACCAAAACCGUUCCCAGCCCAUGGCCGUGGGCAGCCGCAAGAGUCCCUUGCUGCAGGGAAGCGAAGCAGAAGUGACUUGGGCGGCUGCUGCGUGGAGCGUUGCUUCCUGUGGCACAGCCAGCCCUGUCCUGCUUAGGAAGUCACGCAGCGGGAGCGAGGGCAGCGCGCGGGAGCCUGCCUCGAGGUGCCCAUCAGCCCCGAACACGUGGAUCUACACACAGGCAGGACAGGCUGCGGAAGCACCAACGGCAGCUGGAAGACACCUGCAGGCACUGAGGUCUCAUCUGGCUGGAGGCAGGGGAGGUUCAGGCGCCGGAGAGAGCCAAGCACUUGCAGAGCCUUUGGCACCUAAGCCGUAGAGUUGGCAGCAGCUAGAGGAAGCAGCUGUGGGGCAAGGAAACAUUUCCGUGUGAGUUGCCUGGUUGUUCACCAUGAAUGUGGCUGCUCUCCUCCUCCUGGGGCUGGGGCUGUUGGAGGCAGAAGGCAGGUGUUUCUUCAAUCGCACUCAGGAGCACUGUGUGUGCUAUAACCUGUCCCAGGAAAGCGUAAGCAGCAUCAUCCAGUGCCUCCCAGCCUCUGUUGUGGAGUUUUUGGGGGGAGAGCUGGAGAGAUACAUAGCCUUCCCAAUCGGCAACCUGGACCCCUCUGCCAUUGAAAUGCUGGGCUCCCUUGUCAUCAGGAAAAUAAUUUUUGGUGAUCUCCUGGUGCCUGAGAUACUCCUUGCCCGAGUCCUGAGGCUCUUCUCCUACACCCAGGUGCAGGAGCUGGUGUUUGAGCGCUGCAUUUUCGAGGGGAGAGGCAACUGGGAUGAAAUGGCCCGCCAGGACUUGCCCAUAUUGUCCCUGCACUUCCACAACGUGACAUCUGCCCCGCUGACAGGCCGUGAGCAGGACUUCUCUAGUCUAAGCAGCUGGCUGGAGACCCUGCAGGAGCUGGCUGUCACCGGCUCCCAUGUCACCACCCUGCCCUGUGGCAUCGGAAGGGUGUUCAGAGCUCUGCGCUCCCUGGACAUGGCACAAAACAGCGUUGGGGAUGAGAGCUUGAUGCUCGCCUUCUGCAAGGGGGCUUUCCCUCAGCUUCAGGUACUGAGUCUGCAACGCAACAACCUGACAUCCUACCACAGCGUGUGUGAAAGCGUGCAGCUGCUGCCUGAGCUCCAGCAUCUAGAUCUCAGCCAGAACAAGCUCAUGGCAGACCUGUCCUCCUCCUGCCAGUGGCCAGCGUCCCUCCGAAUUUUUAACUUGUCCGACACUGGCUUGGAUAAAGUCCUCACACCUCUGCCUCCCAGUCUAGAAGUGUUGGACAUGGGCUGCAACCACCUCCAUACUGUAGACAUCUCCCUUAGCUCCCUGAAGAAGCUCUUCCUGAGCCAAAACAUGCUGCAGGCUUCCCCCUCCAUCAGGAAUUGCCCCAUGUUGGAGACCCUCCACCUGGACAACAACUUGAUCACAGAGCUGCCAUGGGAUGAGGUGAAGCUCCUGGGGCGCCUGUGGGAUGUGGCUGCGGCCGGCAACCCCUACAACUGCUCGUGCUCCGGGGCCGGGGGGGUCCAGGCGCUGGCGGGCAUGGGGCACCUUGGGCAGGGCUGGCCCCAGGACUACAUGUGUCACUCCCCACCUCACUACCAGGGCAGGCUGGUGAAGGACGUGCCGGUCUCGGUGCUGCAGUGUAACAGUGCUGCAGUGAUUGCCCCUGUCUGCGUUGCCCUCGCCCUGCUUGGGGUAGCCGGGGCCGUCUGCCUGGUCAGAUCCAGGCCUGGGCUCGCCCGGCCCUGCCGCAAAGUGUGAAGGGGAUGUGUGACCGUUCCCACCAGUGCUUCCCCACAGGGGCUCAGCCCCAGGGGCCGCAAUGCCAGGAUCUCUGUGGGAAGACUCACAGGACCCCCAAGUUCUGGUGAGGGGCUGUCUUGAUGUCCCCAGUCCAGGCUCCCCUGUGGAGCAGGACUGUCCCCAGCAUUAUCCCACAGUGGCUGUAGCUCUGCCUGUCCAAGUUUUAGGCGAACCCCCAAGCAAAGCUCCUUGCCAUGCUCUGUCCCGGGGCUGCAUCCUCCCAGAGGGGUUCUCCUUAUGGCCAGCUCUAACUCCCCAAGCCCCAACAGGCACCCAUUGCCCCUGUGAUAUCAUCUGCCCUGAACAAGAGAUGUUCAGCUCCAUCAUAUUUGCACCGCUGCAGGUGGUGCUCAGAUGCCCCAAGCCUCACUGGGGUCUGGUGGUCCCCACGCAGAGCCCCCCCCUGCCCCUCCUUGUAGCCCUGUGCCCCCCAGCCCAGCUGUUCUUGCAGCCCCCGUGGCCCCUUUGCUGAUCCUCCACCUCUCCUCACCUGGGGCUAUGGCUGGGCAUGGCUGUGAGGAUACCUGAGUUGUGAGGAUGUCUGCCUAACUGCUAUUUAGCAUAAGAGAAAAACCACAAAAGACAGGAAAAUGAAUAAAUUAAACAUCCCUAUACGCAAACACUAACAAGCAGGAGGUAACACAAACAGCAACCAAGACCUGAGCUCUCAAGGCACUGGUGGACAAACCCCUCAAGUGUGACCUUGAAGAGGUUCACCCAGAAACUUUUUAACUGGUAGGAAGAAAACGGAUUUGUUCUGGGUUAUUCAGAAAAUGUCUCAUAGGAAAGAGAAAAUUGACUAUGGGAUACUGAGGGAGACUGGGGGAAGGCAAAACUUACUGGGAAUGUUUAUGGAAAGCAUUAAAGGGAGGGUCAUGGUGGGUGGGUAGGGAAGGAACAAGCAUGGGAAAAUGGGGACGGGGAAGAAGGGGGCCGGUGGUAGGUAGGCCACACUCACCUGGCAAAGCCCUGUGCUUUGUCCCCAUGGUCUGUCCUGCCUUCUCAUUAAAAUCCAUUCCUAGGUAUUUUCUAUGUCACCUCACUCUCUAUUCUGUUUGUGCACGUGUGAUCUGUGAGCAAACACAGGCUGGGACUAGCCAGUGGGUGGGAAACCAGAGUGUGGAAAAACCCAAGGCUGGAGCUGGAGAGUGGCUAAACAGGGCCUUGGGUCCAGCCAUGGAUCUGUGAUGGAUUUGGGAUCUGUUGCGUGUUUGAGGGCACAUGGGUGUGCACCUGCCUGUGGGUAGAGGGUGGGGGUGUGGGAUUGUGCCACCAGCCCACAUCACCCCUGAGCAGCUGGAGAGGGAUGGGGCUGUGCUGCCUGUGUGCUUGUGUUCGUGGGAGCACCGUUGGUGGUUAGAUGGGUGCAGGUAAAGGCACUGCUCAGCUUGUGUUGACCCGUGUGGACACUACGUGUCUGCAUUUGCAUCUUGGAGAUUGGUGCUCAGCCUUGCUACUGGCUGGACCUGAGAAUAGGGAGCAGCAGCUGCUGUCUAAUGGAUGAGGAAGGAGAAAUCCCUGUGUCCCAGAACCCUAGGAUUUGCUUUCCCUUAGCAGCACCCACGUGAAGCACAACCCCACCCCUUGCUCUGCUCCUGAUGGAGCCCCAGGUGCUGCUUGCUCCAUAUUUGCAAUGAUGGCUCAUGUCCAGCCUGGCAUCACCCUCACGCCUGAAGACAUUUGGGCAGGCAGGGGCUCAGGGAGGCAGGGGCAGCGUUGUAAUCUCAUUCUAUAGGGGGAAUGGUGGCAGACGGAGGGAUGCGUGUGCAUCUCCUCAUUGUGCCUGGUCCUGUCCAAAUGCAAGGCACAGGGGCUGUCCUGGGACCUCUCUUCUGUCUCCCACAGUCUGCAUUUCCACAGACCACAGAGAUCCUCAGCAUCAGCAUUUCCUUCUGUGCUUGCUUGGUAUGACUGAUCUCCAAUAAAUGUGAUUCUGUGGUU